AUGAGAACUCGAGCAAUUGUCCAAGCAUUCUUCGUCGGAGCGACGACCGCUCUCCCGAACUUCCUCUCUGCUCGACAAGUCUCACCGCCCUCUCCAGAGUGCCCGGAGACUUGGUUUUUCAACAUAGACUCUUUCUCAGGUCCAGGCUGUCCCGACAGCACACCAGGCUUCAAUGCGACACACGGGCGCACCGAGCAGGGCUGGGGCUCGCAUUUUGUCCCCGGAUGCCACACGCCCUGGGCAUGGUUCACGUUACCAUACACCGAGGCUAGUGUCGGUGCGGGCGUGCGCGAGUCGAAGACUUAUUGCGAAAUGCGGCUCAAGUGGAGAGAGAUGAAGGACGAUGCAUAUCCCGUUGACGUGCCGCUGGAUCAGGCGGCAUGGAAAUUGAAGAUGCAUAGAAAUGGCACGACGAUGGAGGCGGGUUAUGCAAUCGAUGAGGGCGUGAGAGCGAGCUGGAGAUUUACGUAUUGGAUGGAUGAAAUCGACGAUUCUUCAAAGGUGCGACACCGAUAUUUGUUUUGA